UCCAUCUUCCUCCCUCGCCUGGCCGCAUCUCCUCCCUUCCCUGCUUGCUUUCACAGUCGUCGGAGAGAGAGACACAAAGAGAGAGAGAGAGAGAGGAAUGGCGUUGCUAGUAGAGAAAACAAGCACCGGCCGUGAGUACAAGGUGAAGGACAUGUCUCAGGCCGACUUCGGGCGGCUCGAGAUCGAGCUCGCAGAGGUGGAAAUGCCUGGCCUCAUGGCUUGCCGCACCGAGUUCGGGCCCUCCCAGCCCUUCAAGGGCGCCAAGAUCACCGGAUCGCUCCACAUGACGAUCCAGACCGCCGUCCUCAUCGAGACUCUCACUGCACUUGGCGCCGAGGUCCGUUGGUGCUCCUGCAACAUCUUCUCCACUCAGGAUCACGCCGCCGCGGCGAUCGCUCGUGACUCGGCCGCCGUGUUCGCCUGGAAGGGCGAGACUCUGCAGGAGUACUGGUGGUGCACCGAGCGCGCCCUAGAUUGGGGCCCUGACGGUGGCCCCGAUCUCAUCGUCGAUGAUGGCGGCGACGCCACGCUGCUCAUUCACGAGGGGGUGAAGGCCGAGGAGGAGUUCGAGAAGUCCGGGACGGUUCCAGACCCGAACUCGACCAGCAAUCCCGAGUUUCAGAUUGUUCUGACUUUGAUCCGAGAUGCAUUGAAGACGGAUCCGAAAAAGUAUAGGAGGAUGAAGGAGAGAUUGGUUGGGGUUUCGGAGGAGACCACCACUGGUGUCAAGAGGCUUUACCAGAUGCAGGCUAACGGCACCUUGCUCUUCCCUGCUAUCAACGUCAAUGACUCUGUCACCAAGAGCAAGUUUGAUAAUUUGUACGGAUGCCGCCAUUCACUUCCCGAUGGUCUGAUGAGGGCCACCGAUGUUAUGAUUGCCGGCAAGGUUGCAGUGGUCUGUGGUUAUGGUGAUGUGGGCAAGGGCUGUGCAGCUGCCUUGAAGCAAGCGGGAGCCCGAGUGAUCGUGACCGAGAUUGAUCCAAUCUGUGCUCUUCAGGCUCUCAUGGAAGGCCUCCAAGUUCUAACUCUCGAAGAUGUGGUCUCACAAGCCGAUAUCUUUGUCACCACCACUGGCAACAAGGAUAUCAUCAUGGUGGACCACAUGAAAAAGAUGAAGAACAACGCGAUCGUCUGCAACAUUGGUCACUUCGACAAUGAGAUCGACAUGCUCGGGCUUGAGACCUUCCCUGGCGUGCAGAGAAUCACAAUCAAGCCCCAAACCGACCGGUGGGUUUUCCCCGAUACCAAGACUGGCAUCAUUGUCUUGGCCGAGGGGCGUCUCAUGAACUUGGGCUGCGCCACAGGGCACCCAAGCUUCGUGAUGUCUUGCUCCUUCACAAACCAAGUCAUUGCCCAGCUCGAGCUGUGGAAUGAAAAGUCCUCCGGGAAGUAUGAGAAGAAGGUUUAUGUUUUGCCCAAGCACCUUGAUGAGAAGGUUGCUGCCCUUCACCUUGGCAAGCUUGGAGCUAACCUCACCAAGCUCACCAAAGAACAGGCUGAUUACAUCAGUGUGCCCGUUGAGGGUCCUUACAAGCCUACUCAUUACAGGUACUAAGGAAACAGAGAACACCAUUCCAAAGCCAAGAAACAUUUUACUUUCAAGAUGAUUUUUUCCCUCCCUUACUUUACAGUGGAUGGAAGUUUCUCAUUUUUUAUUUGGUUUUCUUUUCUCUUUCUUUCUUCCUUUCUUUUUUGUCUCCUUUUGUGGAUGGGUGGUUGGGAGGAAAGAACUAGCCUCUUCACUGUUGAAGAAGGCAAAAUGGGUUUGAAUAAAAUCUUGAGCAUUGGGCUGUGUGAGUUGUCUUAUAGGUUCGCCUGCAGUUUAGACAUGCUGCAUUUGAUUACUACUAUUGAACUUCUUAUAAAAAUUGAAGAGGAAAUGUGUUUGCCUCUUGUUUU